UUAUCAAAUACUUCAAAAUUUCGCAUUACUGUACGUAUAAAACGCCACUUUAAUAAUUGCAUUGUACUUUCCCAUUGACAAACCUCAGAUCUCGGUACCCUGUGUGUGACUCACCCACGCGUUAAAAAAGUUGCGACAAAAUUUUGAAAUUAUUUCAAGCAGGAUUUAGUAAAUUGAUCCGCCUUCAAAGGGAGCUAAAUAGAGAUAAAAGGAAACUGUCAACCGUUGGCUAUAAUUUUGUAAACUUUUACUAAAAUUGUACCUGCAAAUUGAAAACGUGGGACGAUUAUAAGGUCCCGUGAUGAAAUGUAUUUACGGUAAAUUGCCUAAUAUGGGCAAACAUGGGUCGUAUAUAAGGCUUGCAACGAAAAUGCCUCCGGGUAAACCUGGUUUUAAGAUCGAGUAUAAAGAUGUUUUUAAGCUGCAUUUUAGUUUGGGUGUGUUUAUUUUUUUCAGGUACAAGUGCAUACUUAUGUCGUGUAUGUACGGUAUCAACACAACCAAGCUGUACAACGUCAGCAAAUUGCGGGGUCGGUAACGGAUGUUAUUCACAAUCGUGGAUCACAAACGGAGUUCGGUAUUACGAAAGAGGUUGCCAUUUCCAAACAAUAAGAAAUUGCUACGAUUUCAAAAGUCGAUUCUGCACACGGAAUGACACGUUGUUGUGUUGCGAUCAAGAUAAUUGCAAUACUGGGAAUCCUGAAACGGACUGGAAACCGGAGCGACCAAACAACUUUCAAGCCAUUGACGUCACAAGUGCCUCUGUGACGUUGAAGUGGGACAUCCAAUGUAAUGGACUGUACACUUACCAGUUGUUGUAUUCGAAACAAGGCGGAGCAGUGAAAAGCAUUGAGCAAAUUCCUAGCAACAGCGCUCAAGUUACUGGUUUAGAUGCCAGCACCGCGUAUUUGUUUACAGUGAGAGCAUUAUAUGAUGGUGUUUACAGCGAUGGGGUAACUACUGCCAUGUCAACGAACCAAAAUUCGAACGUUAUUAAUAAUAACUUCACCAUUUGUGUUGCUGUAAACAACGUUACUUUGGUCGGCUUAUCCAGCUUUUCAACUGUUCAACGUUGCCCUAAUUUUGACGACGUUUGUUUUUUAAGAACAAACCACUGGUCACCUGGUGAUUCUAAAUAUUGGACGAAAGGUUGCGCAACUCAAUCUUCAUGCUUGAGUGAAAAUAGCCUUAAUAGCGCCACCUGUCGACCAGGAACUCAAGGUUCUUCAUGCACUUAUUGUUGCGAGGGGGCAAAUUGUAACGUUGGAGACAUUACUGCAAUUGCGGAUUUUACUUGCGACAACGUGUCAGUGACAGAUCGUAUUGAAUGUGGAUGGUCGGGUAUUACACAGGUAGAUUGCUUUUUACGCGGCUGUUGUUAUCUAAAUGCUGGGAGCGUGUACGACAAAUGGUGCUAUCAUACAAAAUACGUUCAACCAUCAACAACAACAACUAGUAAUACACCAACUACCACGCCACCAGUUAUUGCGGCAGCUAUUUUGGACUAUUGGAUUAUAAUAGUGAUUGUUCUAGCGAUUUUAAUUCUCAUUUUAAUUGUGGCAUUGAUCGCUUAUUGCGUCAUAACGCGAAAACGAGAAAAGAAACGUGGAUUUUACGAAUGUGAAUCAGUCUAUGCGAAACCGAACAAGAACCGUGGGCGGGUUAGAACAACUGGGAAUAGCAACCCUGCAAUUACUAUUGAAGAAGCUAUGUAAAUUGUGUUUAAGCUUAUUCUGUAUACUUAUGGUAUAAAUAUUACGUAACUGUUAUCUUAAAUGUAUAAAAGUCACAUUAAAAUUAAAAAAAAUCUAUUUUAUUGUUCAAACUAUAGUAGGGUGGGGGAAAAUGGGACACCUUUGCAUUC